CCUGCGAAACUGGAAAUGCUGGUGGCUUUGGCACAAAGCAAUGAGGAGGGUCAGAUCUGCUAUCAGGAGCUGGUAGAUCUGGUCAGUGGCAUCAGCAGCAAACGUUCCAGCAGCUUCAAGCGGGCCAUUGCCAACGGACAGAGAGCCCUGCCUCAGGAUGGCCUCCUGGACGAGACUGGACUGGGCUUCUACAAACGUUUUGUGCGCUACGUGGCAUAUGAGAUCCUACCAUGUGAGAUGCACCGGCGGUGGUACUUCUACCAGCACCGUGCCUGUCCCCCACCGGUCUUCAUGGCUGUGGUCACCCUCACCCAGAUCAUAGUUUUCCUUUGCUAUGGAGCACGGCUGAACAAGUGGGUGUUACAGACAUACCAUCCCGAGUACAUGAAAAGCCCUCUGGUCUAUCAUCCUGGACAUCGUGCCCGGGCCUGGAGGUUUCUCACGUACAUGUUCAUGCAUGUAGGGUUAGAACAGCUGGGGUUCAACGCUCUCCUGCAGCUGAUGAUCGGGGUGCCCCUGGAGAUGGUCCACGGUGUUCUCCGCAUCAGCUUCCUCUACCUCGCAGGAGUCCUGGCAGGUUCACUGACUGUCUCCAUCACAGACAUGAGAGCCCCCCUGGUCGGAGGCUCAGGAGGGGUCUACGCGCUUUGCUCGGCUCACCUCGCCAACGUCGUCAUGAACUGGGCUGGAAUGCGUUGUCCGUAUAAAUUGCUCCGCAUGGUGCUGGCGCUGGUCUGCAUGAGUUCUGAAGUGGGCCGGGCAGUCUGGCUGCGUUUCUCCCCGCCGUUGCCCUCUGCGGGCCCCCAGCCCAGCUUCAUGGCCCACUUGGCUGGGGCAAUCGUUGGGAUCAGCAUGGGCCUUACCAUUCUCCGCAGCUACGAGGAAAACCUGCAGGAUCAGUGCGGGUGGUGGGUGGUGCUCCUCUCCUAUGCCACCUUCUUGGUUUUCGCAGUCUUCUGGAACAUCUUCGCCUACGACCUUCUGGGCACGCAAAUCCCCCCUCCCCCGUAGCCGCCUGCCCAGCCCCGGUUCUCUUGGCAUCUGCUGACCCUGGAAACGCCCAGGCUUGCAGGGCUCAACGUUG